AUGUCACGUCCUUAUGGUAAUAAAAAACAAAUUAAAAAAAAGAAUGUUCCAUCGUCUGGAGCAAUUCGUUCAAAUGGCGAAAGUUUGGGAGCGGGAAGUACAGGAAGGCAAGAAAUCAAAAUUGAAGAUGACGUUUCCCAAAGCUGGAUGGAUUCCACGAUUGCGAAAACCAAGGCCAUCAAAAUCGAGGAAGGAAUUUCGCAAAACUCGUUCCCAGCAAAAUUCGUUGGAACCAGAGAAAUCAAGAUGGAAGUGGGAAGCCAACAGAAUUCCAUCAAGAGUGCCGAUCCGAGAAACUUCUCUGCAGCUUGUCACCCUCAACUGCUAUACGAUGCCUUAGCUCGUUUACAAGAUCCCCGCCCGUCAGCUCAAAACUUCUGGUUCCUUCCUCAAACGCCAUCCGAUAAUCGUCAGGCUCAAGUUGGGCAAUUGCCGACUGGUUUCAACAUCCAGAACACGUGGCUGACUCCGCCUGGUGCCUCCGCCCGUUACCCAGAUCAGGGUACAAAUUCAGCAUUGGGGGCACCUUCGUCGAGCUUGACUGGUGUUUUUGAAAUUCCAAAAGGCAACUAUGUUGGUUUCGCGGAAUGGGUCAAACGAGAACUGUUCCCGACAGAAGGUAUUAAGCUAGAAGAUCAUAACCCAAACAUCCCACCGCCGCCGAUGACUCCGUUUGUAGCAGAAGUAUAUUCCUGUGUUGAGUUAAUCGCGGAAGCAUUCGCAAAGCUUCCAAACUACAACGCCUCAGGCCAACGCCUGGUCAUCGAGCAUCUCUUGAAGAAAAUAAAAGAGUUGAGCAUCGCAGCAAAGCCGUACUUGAAAGACUUUUUCGUGGUGAAGCUCAGGAAAAGCUUGGAGGAGCAGCGCUUGGCUUGCUGGAUUGGAACGGAUUGGGUCCUUGGAAAUUUCCCAAUCACCGGAAUUGUCGACUACGAAGAAGAGUGA